GGAUAUUAUACACUGGCCAGGAGUGAUAACCCAAGAAAGUAAAAACUCAAAACUUGAUUUAAAAAUCAGAGCAGGAGACAUAUUUAUUAGAGGUGUGUAAAUAAAUUGGAAGUAUUUGUUUCUUGGAUGUUAAUGUUUUAUACUUAUGAGGCGUAUUCGACAUGCACAUGCAGUACACGCCAAAUAUUAAGAAAGUGAACAUUUUAAUUAAUUUAUUAUUUAUUUACUUUUUUUCUACCCCGCCUUUCUCACCCUGAAGGGGACUCAAGGAGGCUUACAAAAUUCAGCAAGAAUUCAAUGCCACACAGACACAGAAAAAAACACAUCCAUCAAAGUAUAAAACAGUCUAACCAUAUAAGCAAUUAAAACACACAUCAAUAACAUGGAUUAAAAACUGUAUAAAAUGCCGAGUCAUGAUCUCAUACUUAUCCAUAAUCAUUUUCCAAAAUCCAUAGUUCAUUAUUCAAGCUGUUAAAGUCUCAUUCCAUAGUUCCCUAUUAAUCAAAUAUCUGCAUAAAAAGCCAGAUCUUGUUUUUUUUUCUAAAAACAGGAUGGAUGGGGUCUGUCUGAUGUCACUGAGGAGGGAGUUCCACAGCAAAGGUGCCACCACUGAGAAGGCCCUGUCUCUUGUCCCCACCAAAUGGACUUGUGAAGUGAUUAGGGCCGAGAAUAGGGCCUCCCCAACCAAUUUCAAAGCUCGAUUCUUAAGUUUCAAUUCCUCCAUAAGUGAAAUGGAAUUGCAGUAGGAGUAUUAACCCAGCUAUUAGGGACAUGGCAGAGACCAGUAGCUUACUUGUCUAAACAAAUUGACAACGUGGCAAAAGGAUGGCCAACUUGUUUACGUGCUGUAGCUGCCACAGCUCUGUUGGUACAAGAAGCUGAUAAAUUAACUUUGGGACAAGAGCUAAUAGUGAAAGUCCCUCAUUCGGUAUUGGCUAUCAUGGAGUAUAAAGGACAUCAUUGGUUUACUAAUAGCCGUAUGUUAAAGUACCAGACUUUGUUGUGUGAAAACCCUCGUAUCAAGCUUCAGGUUUGCAGUACAUUAAAUCCUGCUUCACUCCUACCUGUAGAGGGAGAACUCCUACAACAUGAUUGUUUGGAAACUAUGGAUGAGGUGUACUCAAGUAGGCCUGAUCUGAAAGAUCAACCAUGGCCUAAAGCGGACGCCACCCUUUUUACAGAUGGGAGUAGCUUUAUAGAAAAUGGUCAAAGGUAUUCUGGGUAUGCAGUGGUAACUGCCACUACUGUAUGGGAAGCAGAACCACUCCCUUUAAACACUUCAGCUCAAAAAGCAGAAUUGAUUGCAUUAAUUAGAGCACUAGAACUGUCUGAGGGAAAAACUGUUAACAUUUACACUGACUCUAAAUAUGCUUUCACUAUCCUCCACGCACAUGGGGCAUUGUACAAAGAAAAGGGAUUGUUGAAUUCAGCUGGAAAACAAAUACAACACUGUGAGACCAUUUUGAGAUUAUUAGAUGCUGUUUGGAUUCCUGCCAAGGUAGCAGUGAUGCAUUGCAGAGGACACCAGUACGGAGAGGAUCCUGUGACCAGUGGAAAUCGGUACGCCGACACAACCGCAAAGGCCGCGGCCCGAAAGGGACGAGGACAAGAGCCGGUUAUGGCCCCUUUGCAGGUAAAAGACUGGUUGCAAAAAGGUGAUCUGCCGUACACUCCGGAAGAAAAACAGUGGGCUCAGCGUGAAGAAGCUGUUUGGAAAGAUGGAUGGUUGGUGCUGCCUGACCAGAGACUGUUUGUACCCAGGCAAGUAGCAUGGGAAUUAAUAAAGGAGGCACACCAAGAAACUCACAUGGGAAAAACAGCUUUGGCCUCACUGUUGGGACGACAGCUCUAUAUUAAUGGACUCACUGCCUUAACAGGUAUAGCAUCAGCUCAAUGUCAUAUUUGUGCUAAAAAUAAUCCCAGGACAGGACCUUUGCUGCCCCCAGGAAACCAAUAUCAAGGAAAUACACCAUUUGAGUCUCUAGUGGUAGAUUUCACUGAAAUGCCUAGAUAUGGGCCUCACAAAUAUUUGCUUGUUUUUGUAUGCACUCACUCCGGAUGGCCUGAGGCAUACCCCACUAGAACAGAAAAGGCUGCUGAAGUAUCAAAAGCACUUCUCAGAGACAUCAUCCCCAGGUAUGGGAUUCCUUUACAUAUUUGUUCAGACAUUGGUCCAGCUUUUGUGUCAGAAAUAUUACAGACUUUAGUCCAGAUGUUGGGAACAAAAUGGAAAUUACAUUGUGCAUACAGACCUCAAAGUUCAGGAAAAGUAGAAAGAAUGAAUCAAACACUAAAAGGAAAAUUAUCAAAAAUGUGUCAAGAGACUCACUUACCAUGGACCAGGGUAUUGCCUAUGGCUUUGUUGCAGAUUAGGUGUACCCCUACUAGGUUUUUGGGUCUUUCACCUUUUGAACUUAUGUAUGGCAGACCUCCACUUGGACUAAGACACCUCCAAGGGGACAUCACUCAAUUAGGACAACAGGCUUUGAAAAAAGACAUUCAAACAUUAGGACAGGCCAUAAAUCAACUUCAGCAAUACACUGAGGAUCUCAGGCCACCAUGGCCUGCUACUCCUUUACAUUCUUUUCAUCCAGGGGACUCAGUGCUGAUCAAGGAUUGGAAGAUAGAACCAUUAGGGCCAAAGUGGAAAGGACCCUUUACUGUUCUACUUUCUACCCCUACAGCUGUCAAGGUGGAAGAAAUUAAGGCCUGGAUACACUACACUAGAGUAAAGAAGGCACCUCCUGAGUGGACAGCAACCCCGGAUCCAGAUGAUCCUCUGAAGCUCCGCAUCACCAAACAAGAGGCCUUGUGACAAUCCAGAAAGAGGACUACGGCUCUGGUUUUGACUACAUACCUGGAGGCUGGUCAAUCUACACCAGACAGAAGCUUGAGGAGCACUGUGAAAGUGCCUACGUGUAUGGGAGACUCCUAUCGUGGACAAUACACAAUACCCUAGAGCUAAGAGGGGUAAUUGUGCAAGAAACAAUUGUUAAAAUACCAAGAUUGGGUCAUAUCAGAAGAAAAAGACCCUCCAAAUGAAUGAUUUUGUUGAGGCUGCAAUAAUUGUGUCAGCUGUUAUUUUAUUUUGCUUUAUAUGUGUUAUAUACUUGUAUUAUCAAUUUAGAGAUAUACUGUGUGGAAAACCUAUAUAUCAAAAUGCGGAGGUAUUGGAUCAACUUGCUAUCACUUAUCCUGAUAGUAAUAGUUCAGGUUCAGACAGGAUGGGAAAAGAACAUGUUUCACCAACUCAUGACCAAUCUGACUCGGCAAUUUAAUCGGAAAGAUUGCUGGUUGUGUUCACAUGGUCCAUCCUCCCAUCGACAGGGAUGGCCAGUUAUGCCAACAGCUACAUUAAGUCUAGUAGGGUGGAAUUUUACAAAAGUAUCUCAUAUCUCUGAUAUAUUUCCAAAUCAGUUUCCCAUAGUAAGAGACCCUGGACAAUUUUUAUUAAGAGAAGGAAAUGUGCCAUCUGCUCCUUUAUGUGUUCGUAGGUAUAAAAAAGAUCCAAUGAGAAAAAUUGUUAAUGAUGGGGUAAAACAUGUAAUGACUCGAGUACUCUUGGGGGCAUACCCAAAUUGUGCUCAGGUUAUAAAUAUAUUAGAAAAUACAAAUGAGACUUGUUCAAAAUUAAAUCCUCAUCAGGCUACUUUAGAUGGAUUAGAAUGUAACUCAUUUGAUACAAGGAUGCUUUUAUAUAAUAUGACUAAGUCAUUGAAUGUAUUAUGGUCUUUGCAAAGACAAGCUAUUAACCCAUAUGAAGAACAGUUAUUUGGACUCCCAGAUGGUUUAUAUUGGAUGUGUGGAAGAUGGGCAGGGAAGGUUUUACCUGCUGUCUGGAAGGGAACUUGCACCAUUGGGACUCUUAUGACAGCAGGUAUCUCUUUCUAUGAUCUAGAACAACCAAUUUCUGCAUGGCAUAAGCAGUUUGCUUGGCAUAAAUUAAAGCGAAGUUAUGAUAAAAACUUAGGAUAUGAUCCUGAUGAUACUUAUUUGAGUGAGGGAGCAAGAUUUGGUGCUAUAGCGCUCCCUUCCCUAGGAGUGGCUUGGAAUGUAAAACAACUUAGAAGAAUAUCAGCACAACUUGAACAGUUUGCAAAUCUUACUGCCAAGGAUCUUACUUCGAUGCAACAAGAGAUAGAAUCCUUGGCAGGGGUAACAGCACAACAUAAGCUUGCACUCGAUUAUUUACUCAGCAAAGAAGGAGGACUAUGUGUGUGGUUAAACACUACUUGCUGUCAUUAUGUUAACAAAACAGGAGAAAUAGAAACAGAUGUUGGAAAGUUACAUCAAAUUGUUGAAACUAUUAGAAAGUCAUAUACCCCUGGUGAUAGUAAUUGGUAUAGCUGGCUGACUUCGUGGUUGCCAGAUUUUGGAUGGUUGAAAUCGUUAUUUGUUGGAUUUUUACUAGUGGUUCUUUUGUUUUUGUGCUUAUUAAUUUGUAUACCUUGUAUUCUAUCUAUGUGUAAAAGAAUAUUGUUUCAGAUGCUGCCAACCGAAAACAUUAUGGUAGUCCAUGAAAAUCCAGAUACCCCAGCACCAAGUGAACAAUAUGAGACAAUACUAUUAGAAUGGACAAAAGAAUACAGACCAGCACCUCCAACACCACCCUCUACACCAUUGAUUUUGAAGAAAGAACACAAGAUGGCAAGCCAGACAUAAUUAAGUUUGCGACGCUUCUGUAAAACAUUCGCUCGCAAAAAGGGGGUAAUGUGAGGGCAAUUGAAAAAUAUAAUAUUAAUUUUCUAAUUAAGAUGAAAAUUAAAGAUUCUAAUUUACCUUGGUUCAGAAGAUGCUGAAAAGCUGUGUUCUGUAUAUUUCCACAAGAAAACAUACCUAUUGAUUUCUCCCCUUGGCACAGUAGAAUGUUUACUUUGGUUGUUGAUUCUGCUUCUCUUUACAGAAGAACCUAGGUCAAACCGGCCAGGGUAUGAUGAACUAGAUGAGUCAAUAUAUCGAUCGGGAUGUGUAAAUACAUCUCAGGACAUUUAAUUGAUGCAGUAUUAGAGCGCCAUCUUACGGAAACUACGUGUAAAUAGCAGGCAUUUUAGAAGAACUUAUUUUGAAUUAUAUUUUUAGUUUUACUUAGAAAAAUACAUUAUAUUUAACAUUAGGAAAACAAUCAAGAACAGACACUAAGGAAGAUCAGCUUAGUAUUCAUUGAUUGUUAGCUUUAGUAAGAAUACAUAUAUAUAUUCAAAGAAUAUAUAAAAGAUAGGAAAAAGAAAACAAUAAAUAAAUGAGAUUAAUAGUUCUUAUAAGAUGAAACCUAUAUUUUAAAAGAGUUUGCUUUAAGAUCUGCUUUUAAAAUUCAGUAAUAUAAUAAUCAUUUGAAAGAGUUUAAAAAAUCAAAUGGUAAGAAAUAGAACAUUUGAUCUUUGGAAUCACCUGAUGUCUGAAUUACAUAAAAGUAUAAUCAGGAGAUGUAGAUACGUCAGCAAAUGUUGCAUCCCCCUGACCUGGAACAUGACCUAAAAUUAGAAGGUCGAGGGCAACUGUACACGUGAACACCUGUUUUUCACCUGUUUAAUAAUUAUAUCAGGGAAAUUUCCAAAUGUUGUAUCUUCUGCGCAUGUGUAGAAAACUGAUUUUGUCAGCACAAAUUGUACUAUAUAUACUGGUGUAAUUGAACAUAGCUUUUGUGACAGUCCUUUGAUCACUUAUCACCCUCUUUUGCAAAAAAGUAAAGACCUGGAAAUCGAUCUGCUGUCUCCGCCUCUUCCUUUCCCAACUGCACUCGAAUGGACGGAAUAUUCCCUCUGAUAGGUGGUCACAAUGUGAAAGUAGAGGGGUAAGUACUGAAUGAUGCAAUAGAUAUAGAACUGACCAAGUGCAAUUUUACACUAUACAAUAAUGACCUUUGCUGCAUCCUAUAGAUCUUGGGACAUGUAGUUUGGUGAGAGACACUAGCCGAGCUGUCUCACUGAGACUUUUAAAUAUUCCUCCCUAAAUUUCAAAUUGUAUAGGAUAUUAAGGAGCUCUGGCAUGACUGCAUAGAGCACGAUGCUCUAGCCAGUCAUGCUGGUCACAUGAUCUUGGAGGUGUCUAUGGACAAUGCUGGCUCUACGGCUUAGAAAUGGAGAUUAGCACCAACCCUCACAGACACAACUAGACAUAAUGUCAAGGGAAAACCUUUAUCUUUUCCUUUUAUACCAUGUUAAAUGGUGGAAUCAUAAUACUAUAAUGGUGGGACCAUAAUACUAUAAUUAUGUAGUGAGAAAGGCCUUGGGAAAAUGCAGGCCUAUUUCAAUUUCUACUUUAAUUCAGUAGCAUUUAGCAAAACAUACUCUGUGUCUGGAUGUUACUGUUCUUUCAUUUCUCUGCUCUAGAUGGUGGAGAUGGUGAUCAGAAACUAUGGAAAGGGUCUGGGGAAAGUACAAUCUAAGGUUAUCAAGGCAUCUAAUGAUAACAUCUUCUGCUUUGAGAACAGGAAGAUAUACUGCUGUUUUCAGCAAUAGACCAGAGUUUAUUAUAAAGUUUAAUGCAACAUGAGGACAAAUGGCCAUAGUUAUUUGGAAGUUCUGGAAGCUUUCACCCGUAGUGCAACUUUUUCAACCUUUGGAACACUGCUACACAAAUAGUUUCUCAUACUUACCCUGAGAAAUUUUAACACGUGAAUAGUCUUACAGUUGGUGAUGGCAUGUGUUUAAAUGUUCUUAGAGGACACCAUUUUCACCCACUUUGCACAUCCACUAUUUUCCAAAAGUCCUUUUAUCUUACUGAGAGAAUCAGGGAAGAGUAUCAAGGGAAAAGAGGUUGUAGAACUGUAGCCAAGGGGUUGCACGUUUUAUUUUAUUUUCACAAGCAUAUUUCCAAACUGCCUUUUUUAAUGAUGAUUUUACCAUGCCUUGAAACACAGUCACACAGCAAUUAAUUACUGCUUGUACAGCACUCUGACAUUUUCUGAUAAAAAAAACCCUGGGGAAAAUACAACCUACUAUAAUGCCUACUAACACUUAUAUUUGCUGAUUGCAAUGGCCACUUUAAAAAACUUUUACAGCUCUCUCAAAAUGUAGUAUUGAUCCCAAUUUCUUAAAAAAAGUAACUAUCUAAAAUUUAAUCAGAUAAAAAUAAUGGGAGUUUAAUUUUUCUAAUAAUAAUUUUAUGAAGUUUGUUACUUUAAAAAGUGACAAUUGAUUUUGAUCUGGAUUGCAUCCCCCUUACAUUAAUUUAAUUUAAUCUUAGGCCUCUUCUACACUGCCAUAUAAAAUACAGAUUAUCUGCUUUGAACUGGAUUAUAUGGCAGUGUAGACCCAUAUAAUCCAGUUCAAAGCAGAUAAUAUGGAUUAUCUGCUUUGAUAAUCUGGGUUAUAUGGCAGUGAAGAAGAGCCUUAGAGGUAAAUUACUGCUACAGAUUAUUAUGUUCUAUUUCUUCACUUCCAUUUUUACAGGUUUUCUUUUCUAUCUAUCAAUUCUAGUUUCUACCUCUUUAAAAUCCAAUAAGAACACCAAAGGACACUCUAGAAGACUUGAUCUCCUGAUAUUUCUUUCAUAGUGCAUUAAAGGAUACAGACCACUGCUGUGUGAUUGAAUCCCAUAUCCUUCAGAUAAUGUCAAUCAAAAGGAUUAACAUGUGUUUGAAAAUUCACAUGGUUUCCCCUGUUCUAAUAUUAUAGGUUUUUCCAUACACGAGGAAGGACAUUAAUCACUCAACUGUAGAAGAUGUAAGCAACAUGGCAACUGAAAAAUCACAAAGGCAGGCUGGAUGGCUGCUCAGUCAGGUCUGAUCAUGACAGCUUUUCUUCAAUUUAAAGUGAUCACUUUAAUAUCUAUAUUUCAACAAAAUUAUAUUGAGAGAUAUUUAAAUCUGCAGUCUCCUUCUCUACCUAUGAUAGCCAAGCAUAGUUAAAAGGAAUUCACACUAAAAAAAAGGCUGCAGUCCAGUCUCUUCUUUCUUAGGAAUAAUUUCAACUAAAAUCCAUAGGUUGCACUUCUGAGUAGGCAUUUAUAGCUCUUUAAAAAUACAUAGUGAAGCAAUCAUACAUGCCAGAAUAGACAAACUAUCUGAAAUUCAGAAAAUUAGCAUAUUUGGGUUUUGAAGAAAUUCAUGUGGUCCACCAUUCCUCCACUUUUUAUAAUAAGGGGGAAUUCCAUGCAUUUGUAUUUGUCUCAUUUUUCCUUGGGUUGAGAUCAGGGUUCCUAGUCAGCUUCAAGGUUAGUUUGGCAUGUAGGUUUGAGAUUGUAGAGAUACAGAUUCAAGUUUCCAAUGAACCACGAAACUCACUCUCCCUCAGCCUAAACUUGAAGAGAUAAAUGUAUGAUGAGGAGAUCAUAAUUAAUUGAAGGCAGGAACAUAAUUGUAACCAAUGAAUACAUGAACGCAACAUUGUUCCCCAGCCAGUAACAAAGCUGGCCUUCAACUGGCUUGGCUCUCCUCUGAUAUCCAGAGCUGCUAUGUGAAAGGGGGAUUGUGCCUUCAAUUGUUUUCUUUUAUUUUGAUUUGGUUUACAUUUAAAAAUAACUUUAUUUUUUUCAGUUGUGUGGUUACAAAAAAUAAUAAUCUCCAAUGUUGUUUUCUGAAGCUCAUAUUUAAACGUGAUAUCUACAAAUAUAGUAAAUAAAUGCAGCACUCCAAUGCAGUGAGAAACAGGUAGGUUUGAGAAAAUGCUGUGUAUCUUUUCUGCACAUAAAAGAUCUCAUCUUGUCUCAACUAUAAAGGACAAAAUUGGUUUCUGAAAUGUCCCUGGCAAAAAGGAGUUGAGCUUCACCCUAUCAAAGAAUUAUAUAUUCAGAUAAUUUAAAAACUUACAGUGUGAUCAGGGGAUAUAAUAAUCUCAGUUCACUUUUUAUUGGUAGGAAUGGGAUGUGACCUGACUGUUAGGCAAACUGCAAAUUAACAUGCUGGAUGACUUUACACAAGGAUUAAAGUUUAGAAUAAAAGCAGGACUACUGUAGGUAAAAAUGUAAAUAUUUUGUACACAAAACACAAAUUAAGAAUCUAAAUCUUUCGGCUGCAGGUUUUGUAAAAAAAAAAAACCCCAAAAAACUAGACUAGCACAGUAUUAAAUAAAGGUGGUUUAUGAAGACCUACUAACCCAGGAAAGGCUGAAACUCAGAAUUUGCUGACAUAGUAUAGGAUUUUCUGGGCUCUAGCAUUUCAAAUAAUACAUCAUAGGGAAAUGUGAAUUCUCUGCUGUUUACAUACUUUCACUCUUAUACUGCACUUUCCCUGAGAUAUCUGCCUUAUCGUCAAUCACCCUUUCAAAUUAAGUGUUUGCUUACAUUCUGUUGACCAAUCACGAAAAAAAAAAGAGAAACGCUUGUUUAAGGACAGAUGUCUUUUACUACUUGUGGGAACACCAUGUCUAAACACAUGCUAAGUGUACCAUCUCAUCAGCUAUAGAUGAAGGAUGGUUGGGCAAUUCCCUAGUUUUGCUUUUAAUGCACCCAGAAGACCCAGACAAACAAUUUUUGAUUUGGAAUCCACAUUUUAAAACUUGUAAUGCAAGUCACAAACUAAAAAUUGCAUGCUUGUCAAAAAUAAUCAGUAAAAAACAAUAUGUUUGGAAAAUGGGAACAAACAUGCUUUAUGCAAGAAUGUAUGCAAAAUGGAUAGCUUUAAAAAUGUGCACAGAACUACAUGGCAAUUUCCAUGUGUAGCGGGAAAAUAUCUGGAAUCCAACAUGUGUUUAGCUCAGAAUGAACUUGGUGCAAGAAAAACAAGAAAUCUGUUGAAACUGAGGACCUUAUCACACCGUAAAAUACCCAGUCAUCCAUUUUAUCAGUAACCUGUAAAAAGCCAUUUGUAAAGGAUUUGCAGUACCUUUCGUAAGGUACUGAAGUGUGAAUUUUUUGGUUUACAGAUGUUAUGUUUAAUUGUGUGUUUGUGUUUUAAAAGGGUCAGUAUUUCAGUUAUUGCAUCUCUGCACUCAGAGGUUGGUUGCCAUGGAGAAGUAGGCAGAGCCAACUGCCAUUUUGUGAAGAAGUGCAGAGUUAAAAAAAAGGAGUUUAGUCUGUGCUCUGAUGAGGCACAGGGAAGACUGAUCCUAGGUUGAAGGGAUCAGGGAGGCUCAAUUGCUUAUUUUUGAGCCGGAUUAAAAUAAGUUUGGUGACUUAUUUAAUGUAGUCUGUGUCCUGGUAAGGAACAGAGAAUCUGUGAUUGUAUAUCACAGGGUGACUGCGGUUAAAAAGCAGUAGAGAAAGAAGUGACAUUUUAGGGAAUUUGACUCACCUCAUUCUAAUAUUGCAACUGUUAAUCAAAGUGCCUCUAAGGAGAAACAAUUUUGUAACAACUAAGCUCUGUGCCUGAAUAAACUUGUUAUUGUUCCGCAAACAUCUAAGCCUCUGCCGCAUAUAUUAUAAACUGAGUUGUGUUACCAUCAAAAGUAAAUAAUAAGAAGAAAGAAAAACAAAAUUUAAAAGGUCUCCUCUCUGAGUCGUUGGUGGCUGCAUCUCCCCAAAGUGGUGGCCCCUUUAUUAAUUGGUGGCAGCGUUAUAAAGACUUUACAAAGUGGUGGCAGCAGUUAUAUAUAAAACCCCUUUACAACUUGUUCUUUAUUUCUUCACUUGCAUCGUGAGUUUCCCAUUGAAAGAAGUGGAUUAGCAGAUCAUGGGUUUCCCCUUGAAAGAAGUGGUUUAAAGACGAGUUCAGCUUCUCUACAUGUACUAUGUUUCCCUUUUGUUUUGUUUGUUUAAAAAAAGGAACUGUGUUCUUCUGCAGAACCUAAAAGAUGUUUUUACAUUUCUUGCUUUGAAUGGAAGUAAGGAUGUUGUGUUGUUGUGCAAGAUCUUCCAAAAUAAAUAAACAAACAAACAGGGGGUGACUUGUUGGGGGAACAUUUGACAGUUUGGGAAGAGUCAUACAUCUGUCUUGUGAUAAGUCAAAAGCACAUUGCUUUAUUAGAUACAGAAAGGAGAGAUCCCAUAUGUAUCCAGAAUGUAUCACAUCCUCAUCCUGUCUUCAUAAAAUAAAAGUUGCAUACUUAAAACGCGUUUCCUCCGGUGUAUGUGAUAAGUUUGACAGAUAUGUAUUUCCCUAGUUCAUACUUUCAUUUUUAGAAAAACCCUAUAUCCAGCAUUCAAUUAGGCUGAUUUGAACCAAUUUGGAUAGUAUCCAAAUGAAAACAGGAGUCUACAAAUGCCUUUCAAAUCCAGAUUUUAGUACAACUGGUCAUGAAUAUGUCAUGAUGGCUCAAAUAGUGUGUCUUCUCUUCAGAUUCCACAUAUGAAGGAAAACAAAUAUUCAGAAAAAAGAUUGGUCCAGUUUCCCCCUUUUUCCCAGAUGGUACAAUUCCAGUGCUUUUUAGGUGGGAUGCUGAAGAAACAAACUAUAGAUUUGAUUUAGUAUUGAAGGAUCUUUAGGAAUGGAAAGAAUAAUUUUGCUGUUUUGGACUAAUCUUGCACAAAAUUCAGACAUGGUUGUUUUUCAUGGAAAACGUCAAUUUCUAUGAAAAAGAAUUGCUAUUUUUUGUAGAAAAACUUUCCAGUGCAUAAAAUGCUGGACUACUUCCACACAAAAAAUUACUGUAACUGGGAACCCGUUUCCUAUAAAGUUCACAUACAUUCAAUUUGCAUAAAAAUAGUUUCUGCACAGGAAAGAGGAUGUCCCAAUGUAGAAAUGUUAUUUCCUGUACAAAAAUGUUGUUUUUCCCGUGCAAAUCAUUAAUAUGUGAAUUUUGCACUGAAUAAAUUCAAUUCUGUAAAUAAACUUCAAAAACUGUGUGGAUUUCAAGGGCAGUCUUGCAGUGGGAAGACAAUUGUUAGAAUUACUUAUUGCUUCCUUCAAGAAGAAAUUUACUCAAGAAUUAUGCCCAAAAGAGGUUUCUACCAAUUAUUUCUCUUCAAAGCAGGGAUGUUUUUGUGGAGUCUUUCUAGCCUGAAUCAUUUGGUACUUGCAUGUAAAAUAGUUGAAGUUCAAGUUCUUCCGCUUCUGACAUUUCAUGUUAUUCAUUUUUCUCUCUUCCUUCUGGAGUUCCUGGGACUUUGAUUUUAACUGAAAAAACAACAGCACUCAAUCCUUCAUCAUAACUCCCUUGUUCAGGAUUAGAAUGGUGGGAUUUUGAUUGGAAUUACUGCCCAGGUGUUUUUGCAUGGAUUUUUUUUAAAUGCCCACUUUUUUUAUUUCCAAGUUUACUUUCAAGGUUUCAUGAAGCCAUUGUAACAGGGAAACCUAAUGCUGCCAGUAACUAGUCCAAAGCAACAAUUAGCUUCAGCAUUCUCGGCCGGAUGAGGUUUCCACAAAUUUAUCAGAGGCAUCCACUGUACAACCCACUGGAUGACCUUGUCACAAAAUCUCAGCCUCAGGCCAAGGCAAUGGUAAACCCUCUCUGGACAAAUCUUGUCAAGAAAACCCUAUGAUAGGUUCACCUUAGAGUUGCCAAAAUUGGAAUUGGUUUAAAUUAUUAUUAAAGGCACAACAACAAUAACAAUAAUUCAUUAUUAAACACAUUACUUUUUAUUCAUGCAAUAAAAUAUGGUUCCGGGUCUGGCAGCCCCAGAAAGAGUACUGUUUACACUUAUUUGAUUUUACAAAUCUACUCCCAGUCACCAUAAAAUUUCGGGUGUCCAGGAUCAGAGCUGAAUCAAACUUUACAUCUCAGGUAUGACUCUGACUUUUCAGACUUUUCAAGGGAAGUGUAACAUUGUCCAACACAGAUUGAAUCUCUAUUUCUCAAUUUGUCUUCUAAUACCCAGGAACAUCUCUAUCACACUUGAAUCAAGCUCACGUUUGUUUAUUCUCCUUAAAUACUAUUAUUUCAGAACAAAUUUACUGGAUUAUGAUAGAGGAGAGAAACAAUAGACAAUCUGUUUCAAUUAUAAACCUUUGGAGAUUAGAUUAUUCUUGAAAUGACAUGACACCUGUCUAUUAUUCCUUCAAUUGAUCUAAUUUGUAAUAUUACAAAAAUUUUGCAUGUUUGUUAGCUGUAGACAUUCUAACAAUAAAUUACACAUUUGUUCUA